AUGGCCAGUCAAGACGAGCAGCAAGAGCAACAGCCCGUGUACUUUUGGCGCGAGACAGACCCGCAGACGGGCUGGCUGUCGCAGUGGUACUACUGCCCGUUCCGCGACGACGAGGACCCGUCGGUCGUGUACGACACGGCAGAGCACUACAUGAUGUACCACAAGGCGCUCCUCUUCGGCGACCGCCGCGUCGCCGCGCAGGUCCUCGCCCAGGGGCUGCACCCGCGCAAGGUGAAGGCCCUGGGCCGCAAGGUGGCGGGCUUCGACGAGGCGACGUGGACGGCGCGCCGCGGGGAGAUUGUGCGCCGCGGCAACGUGCUCAAGUUUACGCGCGCGGUGACGGAGGAGGGGUUCCGCAAGGGCACGACCGCGGCUGGCAAGACGCUUAGGAAGACGAGGGCGGGGACCCGUCUUGGUGACGAUGAUGGGCUGCCGCCGCUCAUCGAGGGGAGCUUGCGCGAGAUGCUGCUCGCGACGGGGGAGCGCGAGAUCGUCGAGGCGAGUCCGUAUGACAGCAUAUGGGGCAUUGGCUUCACGGAGAGGGACGCCGAGGGCAUGCGGGAGCAUUGGGGCGAGAACCUGCUCGGUAAGGCGCUCAUGGAGGUGCGGAGCGAGCUCAGGGAGAGCGCGUGA